AUGUUAACCGCUUUGAUGUUUGGGUUCCACGAGCGGUGUGAGGCGUGCGCAGGUUCCUCCGACCGCAUUUUGUCCCCGCGCCCUCUUCUGGGGAGCGCGUCCUCCGGCGUCCUGGCUCCCCCGGCCGUGGCCGUCCGGGCGGUGGCCUGGCUACUCCUCUGGGAGGCGGCUGGACUCACCUGCUCGCCAGCCAUAGCCUUCAACACCACCCCCACCGACGCUGGCAUAAGGGCCACUUGUUCUGAAAUUAUUUUGAGGCAAGAAGUUUUGAAAGAUGGUUUCCACAGAGACUUGUUAAUAAAAGUGAAAUUUGGAGAGAGCAUUGAGGACUUACAGACCUGCCGACUCUUAAUUAAACAGUACAUCCCGAUAGGACUUUUUGUGGAUCCGUAUGAGUUGUCUUCAUUACGAGAGAGAAACAUAACAGAGGCAGUGAUGGUUUCAGAAAAUUUUAAUAUAGAGGCUCCCAACUAUUUGUCCAAGGAGUCUGAAGUUCUCAUUUAUGCCAGACAGGAUUCACAGUGCAUUGAUUGUUUUCAAGCUUUUUUGCCUGUGCAUUAUCGCUAUCAUCGGCCACAUAGUAAAGAUGGAGAAACCUUUAUUGUGCUCAAUAACCCAGAUUUAUUGAUGUAUUGUGACCAAGAGUUUCCAAUUUUGAAAUGCUGGGCUCAGUCAGAAGUGACAGCUCCUUGUGCUUUGAACAGUAAGGAUAACUGCCAAUGGAACAAUAUGAAAUAUAAAUCAGUAUAUAAGAAUGCGAAUCUACAGGUUCCAGUGGGACUGACCGUACAUACCUCUUUAGUGUGUUCUGUGACUCUGUUUAUUACCAUCUUGUGUUCUACUUUAAUCCUUGUGGCUGUUUUCAAAUAUGGCCAUUUUUCCCUGCCAUAUCAUAAUUGUGAAUCAUGUCUGAUAACGGAGAACUGGAAGACAAGCCUCCAGCACCCCCCGUGCGAAUGAGCAGUACCAUUUUUAGCACUGGAGGCAAAGACCCUUUGUCAGCCAAUCACAGUUUAAAACCUUUGCCCUCUGUUCCAGAGGAAAAAAAGCCCAGGAAUAAAAUCAUCUCUAUAUUCUCAAGCACAGA